AAAUUAUGAAAAUAUUUCCUUAUCGCGUGCUUGUGUGCCAAAAAGUAUGUUAAUCAAAAAAAUUUUUUUUUUUUUAUUUUUUCGACAAAAAGAAAUAAGAAGACGGAACUAAAAUGGCCGAUGCUCGGACGACGACCGAGCCAAGAAUGCGGAUUGGUUAAUUAAAUAAAAUUCAUUAUCUUUAUAUAACGCAUAAGAGUAAGAAGGAAAGAAAAAAGAAAUAAAAAAUAAAAGAAAGAAAAAAUAGAAAGAAGAAGAAAAAAAAAAAGAAAAAGAUUACACAAGUUAAAGUACGAGUAACGAAAGGAACGAACGAAAUUAAAUAUGUACCUAUGAACGUGUAACGUGUCGACGGCUGAAGGACUCCGUGAGCGUGAAAAUAGCACGUGCCAAGCAGCCGUAGCUUCUCCAUUGAUGAUCUUGAGAGUGAACACUAUCGUCGUGAUAAUGAAAGUAGGCAAGUGUGUUUUUCAUCGCGUUCUAAGUCGACUCUUAUAUUCUUUGAAAGAAUAAUUACGACGAUGGCCGAAUGAUUAUCGAACAUCGCAUGCGUGGUAUAAGGAAUUAUAUUUUCACUUACUUCGUUAUCGUUCCGUAUAAAUAUUCAAUAAAUUCAAGCUUUUAAAUAAAGAUAUAACGAUCUACUGUGCGAACUAAAUUAUAUCGCGGAAGUGAUGGCCGAUUUAGAAAGGUAUCAAUUGCAAGAAACUCUCCCGAAUUAAUAUUAUAUCCGGCUUCGAGAGUAAGCGAAAAGGACAGAGAGAAAGAGAGAGAUAGAUAGAGCCCGUUUUAGAUAUCGGUGACGAUCUUUCCAGCACUUUCUUCUCGACAGAUGUUUAUUUCUCGACGUGCUCGACGUAGCGUUAUAUUUUUAUAUUCCUCGCGGAAGAAUUCGAUCGAAAAGGAAAAUUGCUCGAAAAUCAUCUGAAAUCAAUUUUCUUCGUCCUUAUGAAAAGUAAUUUCAAAUAAACGUUAUGUAUCUCUUAGUACGCGAAGAGUUAAAAAGAAAAGAAGGAAAAGAAAAAAAGAUUACCACCAAUUUAAAAAAUACUUGUUAGAUAUGUGUAUUUAAUAACGUGCUGGAAUUCUCGUCGUAAGAAAAGAAGCUCGAAGAAAGUAGAAUAAAUUUGUUCUAUUCGUCGCUCGCUAUCAAAAAUCAAACUCGUGAUCUCACGAGUUUAUUUCGUACGAAUUAAAAAGAAAUUACACGAGUAAAACAUGUGUGCCAAUUUUAUCGAGCGAAUACGAGAAAGAAUUUAGGCUGUUACAAUUUGGCAAUGAGACACCCCUCCCCUGAUCCUAUAUGAUUUGGCAAUGGCCAUGCCAUAACACAGUAGGCCAUCUAAGAAUCUAAUUCGCGGGUGUUCCAGUGCCGAUGAGCAACGAAUGCCUAUCCAAGAUGCCCCCACUAUUGGCAAAAGGCUUCGUAUAGGUUAUAAAGGACUGCGGUGGGUACUAUCCCACUGCACUCUCUCAGUGAAACUCUCAGAGGACCGUAUACUUCACCGUCGAACCCUUCACAAACGGAGACAACAUGAGGAUUUUUCUAUUGGUUCUCGCAGCGUGUCUGCUCGCUUUGUCGGAAUCCGCUCGACCUGCUAUACGACCUCGAGUGAGAGAACCUCAAGUUUAUUACGAAGAAGACAAUCAGGCGGCCGAAGACGAUUUCGAGGCGGUUUAUCAUCCCAGAACACGUGCGUUGCCAUCGGCACGCUCGAAGGAGGCUUUGCAACCAUCGAAAGCACCACCCGUGCAAACCAUUCGUAAUUACAACAAGGUCAACGACGAUGGAUCGUUCACGUUCGGUUACGAAGCAGCCGAUGGUUCUUUCAAGGAAGAAACCAGAGGAACGGAUUGCGUUGUAAGAGGAAAGUACGGUUACAUAGAUCCCGAUGGUAACAAAAGAGAGUUCACUUAUGUAUCGGGUAAUCCUUGCGACCCUAACGCACCGAAGGACGAAGAGGACGAUCUUCCGGAAAAACAGGAAGACGACGAUCUCUCUGGACCGGCAAAUUAUCCAUCCGUCAGACCUGUUCCGAUCAGACCGAUCAGGCCAACUUAUCAGCCAACCACCGCACGUACGCCAACGGCCAUAUUUCAAACUCAAUACCAACUCGACGACGAAGCUAGCCAGGAAUUAGAAGAGGAAGUUCAAAAACCCGUACAACUUCGACCUGCGGCAUUUAGGAAGCCUCAACAGUCUUACGUUCAAGUUUCACCAUCUACCGCUCUUUACGAUCCAACACCGACCACCAGUCCUUCGCAAUUCUACAGACUAGCGUCCACCUCGAACGUUCAAUAUCAAACUACAGCCGCUCCUUCGGAAAGAACACCGUCAACGAUAUCUCCGUUAGCUUAUCAAUCGGUCGAGACUAGCACUCGCAAGGCAGUGACUCGUCAUCAGGUCCGUCCUCAAUCGGUCGCCAUUACACCCAGGCCCCACAUUGCACAAGUCGCCGCACAAUAUGUCUCCCCGAGUAGCACAGAAAGAUCGAUACCGUACAACGCACAAUCACGACCCACCCCGAGCACCUCGAGUCAUCUUCGCACCAGCGUCAGCCCUUCGAGCUCGGCCCACCUCGAUUUUGCCGCGGAGUUAGAGCGUUACGUUAACACUGUCGGCGUUCCCUCGAAGUCUACCCAACAAGCCACACUUUCACCCUCGAGAGCGAAGCUAGGUCAGACCACGGUCACCACAGUCCCCGCGGAGCCCAUCUAUCAGUCGGAACUGAUUUACGACCCUGCAACUGGUCAGUACAAUACCCAACUUUAUCAGACCCUACCCCAAACCGUUGGGGACUUUAGCCUAAGUCACAAACUCCAACCAUUCGUAGCCCAGCCCCAGUCCCUACUCGGUCUCCAGCAGCUACAACAGAUCCAGCAGCAACAUCAGCAACAACCGCAGCAACAACCUCAGCGUCAGUCCGCAGUUUACAAGCAACACGUACCGCAACCUGUCCAAUCCGCUUCAAUCUCGGCUGUGUCCGUUGCUCAACCCCAGGAACUUCUCUACAGGAAACAACAGACCCAGUUGCUCAUGCAGUCCCAGAAUCUCUAUGCUCAGCAGCAACAACGUCGUCAGCAACAACAGCAACAGCCGCAACAACAACAACAACAACAACAACAACCUCACAGACUUCAAUUGCUCGAAUCUCAGAGAGAUCCCCAAGCCUUUUAUUAUGUCGCACCAUUGAGAUCGUCCGGUGCGCCGGCUGGUGGUGCACCUCUUACCGCGAGUCAAAUCGAUCAUUACCUUCGUUCCAGUUCAGCCAACAACUAUUGAUCGGAACGAGAUAGCCACGGAGCGUUUCGUUUUGAUACAUUCGCGAAUUUAUCUUCAGGGUCCUCGAGAGUUGCAUCGAACGCACCGUGUUUAAAACCUUGCUUGCGAAUCUUGUAGAAAGUUGUUCGUCUCGCCACACGCUUGUCAGAUCGAUGUACAGGGAGACAGCUAUACGCGAUCAGUACAUACAUGCAUACAUAUACACAUAUAUACGCACAUAUAUUAGUGUAUAUAUAUAUAUUUUUUUUUUAACGCGAGAAAAACUAGAGGGUUUCACCGAUCCUUGCGAGACAUUUCGGAAGAAAAACGAAAAAGAGUAUCUAACGAGGUAUCGUCGAAUGCUGCAUGUUGUUACGAGCUCGUUAAUAACAAAAAAAAAAAAAAAAGAAAUGCAAAAAAAAAAUUAUAAAAAAUUACAAAAAAAAGAAAGAAAAAAAAAGUAAAAUUGAAAAAAGUAACAUUCGAAAGAUUCGGAAAAUCUCUUGGGAAAGUUCGGAACGAUUUGUAUCUUCCAUCUUGGAUCGAUGUAAAUGAAUCAAUGCAUGAGACAAACGCGAUAGAGAGAGAAAGCAUAUAUACACACACACACAUAUACACAUAUAUAUAUAUAUAUAUACACAUAAAGAAUUUCUCUGACGCAAUGCACUUAUCAAUUUAAUGCUAAAUAUUCGUCGCUAUCGAUCGAUCGACCUAUCGACCUCGUAGCAAAUCGAUCAAUUAUCCUCGCGAACAAUCAACCCGAACAUUUCUUUUCGCUGAACGAUGAGAUUAUUGAUUCAAAGCAACGAAGAAACUUGUUCCUGAAUUAUUACUGGUUACGAUACUUGUUCGUGAAUUAUUACUGAGUAACCAUAUGUAUAUAUAUAUAUGUGUGUGCGUGUGUGUGUGUGUGUGUGCGUAUGCAUAUAUGCUUGCAUGCAUGUAUACGCUUGUAUGUUUGUGUUGAUAUUCGAAUAAUGAGUUCAUAUAUGCAUACAUACAAACAUACAUACAUACGUACGUACAUACUACAUAUGUACAUGUAUAUACACAGGUAUCAGGAUCUGUUAUACCUAUUCGGAGAUAUAUUCCGUGAUGUUACGUAAGAAGUCAAGCAAAUUUUGCAAGAUUAUCUCUUGUGGUGGUGGUAACCAGGGAACGUGUAAAACAGAAUUGCGAUGUACUUACUUUCAUCGGCGUGGUCCGCGGACUCCAUAGGAGUACUUACAGGGUACGUUCUAUUCGCGUCAAACCGCAACUUUCUAUUUGUAUUAUCUCUGUCACUGGAGAACCAACCGGAUUCUAGUUGUAUCUAUAAUAAUUUUGUUAAAUCAAUGCGUGUCUAUCUAUCUAUGGAUUGAACGGAGACAUCUUUGGAUUUAACGAAUAUCCCUAAUUGGCAUCACCAACAUCGACAACGACGAAAUCGAAUUAUUAAAACUAUUUUUUUUUUUUUCUUUUCCCUCUUUUAGUUGGAUCAGAAAAACGAUUGGCUCGUGGCAACAUUUUUUAUUAUUAUUAUUAUUAUUUUUUUUU